AUGUCUUAUAAACAAUCUUCACUUUCUGUUACUAAAAAUAAAGACAAAUGGUCAAGUAAUUUGAAAAAAUUUCAAAACACUCUUAAGAGAAGAAACAAAGUCAGCAUUGGGAUCAAACCUUUGUAUUCACAUUCCAGAAUGCCAAAAGAGUGGAUGAUAAUUGGUUGCUACUUAGGCUUGGCCUCUACUGAAAAGUCUAGAUUAAAAAGAAUUACAACACUCAAACAAGAAAUAGAGCAAUUGUGGAGCUUGUUGAAUUUUCCAAUACUAUCUUUGCGUUCAGUAGGCAGAAAAAUUGAAACUUUACUUAAAAAGUAUGAUACUCAUUUGAAAAAACCUGUUGGUGACAUGCGUGAGCAAUUUGAUAAGUUGUUUGAUGUCACAAACAAAACUGGUCAAUGGCUAUGUGCAGAAGACAAAAAAUUUUACCAAAUUCAAAUUCAGAGUAGAGGUAAGACAGGAUAUGCAACAACAAAAAUUGCCAGUCAGAGUACAAUUCACCGAUCAAAACGAAAAAUUGCUGGAAAAGUUAAUGAUAAACUAGAACAAAAAGACAGUUUUGAAGAAAGUUCUAAUGACUCAAGUGACAAUGAAGAUUCUCAAAGUAGUUCUGAUGACUCUGAAGCAACACAGUCAUCCAUUGAAAGCUUUGAUCAGAGCACACAUCUGAAGCAAUCUCAACAGUCUACGUUUAGUGCAGUUUCAUUAGUACAAUCUGGGAAGCUCUCAUGGUGUUUACAUUUUGAUGGUAAAAUUAUUAAGAAAAAAGAACACCAAGUAGUUUUAUUAAGAAAUGAAGUAAAAGAAGUGAGGCUUGCUGUCUUAGUGUUACCAGAUGGAGAAGCUACUACUAUUGCAUCUGCUAUUCAAAAAACGUUAAAUGAUUAUAAUCUAUGGGCAGCUAUAAAGAUGAUAGUGUCAGACACUACAAAUGUUAAUACUGGGUCAAAGUCUGGUGUUGUGGUGAGACUUCAGAAACUUUUUGUUCAACACGGUGAAUCUGCGCCAGUUUUUAUAGGUUGUCAGCACCACAUACUUGAUUGUGUUCUUAGACACGUGUGUGAUGCAUUGCUUGGCGAUUCAACUGAGUCUCCUAACAUGAAUUAUCCAUUUGUGAGUAAGAUACUUAAAGAUUAUGAAAUGUUAAAAAAAGAUUUGGAAUUAACUUUAAAGCACUCCCUGGUAUCAGCAAUGCCCGAUGGAAUUCUCGAGCAAUUUUUGCAUUGUUGGCUUUCAUACUAUUGCCUGAUGAACGAAAGAACCUUCAGAAAUUGUGUGAAUUUAUCUGUGAACAAUGGAGUGAUGCUUGGUUUAGUGAUCAUUAUUACAGAACUGAACAAUAUGAAUUUCUUUUAUAUGCUGUUAAUGAAUAUCCUAAGGCGUUGCGCUGUUUUCAAACUCAUUGGUCUCAAAGUCCAUCUUCCAUACACACUCAACGCAGCAAUGUGUGUGCAGAAAGAGCGAUAA